CGCGGUCCCGCCCCCGGGCCUGCGCUCCCUCCGCCCCUGCCGAUGAAUAAACCCCGGAACCUGGGAGCCCGAGCCAGGCAAGGCCGGCCGGCUUCUCCGCGGGCAGCGAAGGCAGUGUGGUAUGAGCCCAAACAUGUCUUCCAACCUGGAAUCAGCAAAGGAGUUACUUGUUUUCCUAGGAAAAUCACUGUUCAGUAUUCUGGAAGCCAUAGUUUUUAAGGUGAUCCCACAGCCACGGAAGAAUGUUGCUGGUGAAAUUGUACUCAUCACAGGUGCUGGGAGUGGACUUGGAAGGCUCCUAGCCUUACAGUUUGCCCGCUUGGGGUCAGUGCUUAUUCUCUGGGAUCUCAAUCAGGAGGCAAAUGAGGAGACGCGCCAGAUGGCUCAGGAGGCUGGAGCCACUAGGGUGCACGCCUAUGUCUGUGACUGCAGCAGAAAGGAAGAAGUGUACAGAGUGGCUGACCAGGUUAAAAAAGAAGUCGGUGAUGUCUCCAUUCUAAUCAACAAUGCUGGCAUUGUAACAGGCAGAAAGUUCCUGGAAUGCCCAGAUGAGCUUAUGGAAAAGUCACUUGAUGUGAAUUUCAAAGCACAUUUAUGGACUUAUAAAGCCUUUCUUCCUGCCAUGAUCACUAACAACCAUGGACAUCUGGUUUGCAUUUCAAGCUCAGCUGGAUUAGUCGGAGUAAAUGGAUUGGCAGAUUAUUGUGCAAGUAAAUUUGCAGCCUUUGGAUUUGCUGAAGCUAUGUUUGUAGAAACAUAUGCCCAAAAACAAAAGGGGAUCAAAACUACAAUUGUGUGCCCAUUUUUUAUAAAAACUGGAAUGUUUGAAGGUUGCUCUACUAAGUGUCCCACUCUGUUACCAAUUCUGGAACCAGAAUAUGCAGUCAGAAAAAUAGUUGAUGCUAUUCUACAGGAAAAGCUGUAUUUGUAUAUGCCAAAGUUUUUGUACCUCAUGAUGUUCUUAAAAAGUUUCUUGCCCAUCAAGACGGGAAUGCUCAUAGGUGACUAUCUGGGCAUCUUUCAUGUAAUGGAUGGCUUCACUGGCCAAAAGAAGAAAACCUAAAGAUCAACUCUACGCCUGAUUUCCUCUUACAACCAACGCUACAUCAGACUUACUUCAAAGAAGAAAAGUAUUUCUGUGUGACAGUAGAAGUACCAUCUGUAUUCUGCUAUCUGGACUGGAAUUUUCCCCAGUGUAUUUGUUUCCCUUUUUGUUGUUUUGUUGUUUUUGCUGUUAGUUUUAUUGUUGUUUGUUUUAAAAUAAAGACAUCCCUUUUGUCAUUUC